GUAGCCAUGUUUGUACCCAUGCACAAUUCUGGUUCAAGACGAGCAGAGAUAUUAUCGUUUGGUCUGAGUCAGCGCAUGUCCAACACCUUCCUAACCUCCCCCUCCAACCACUCGGCCCUCUGCUCGGUGCCCAUCCCGGCCCACCCAUGUGCAACGCUUACCACACUCUUCCCAUCCCAGCCCAACAUCCUGAGCCCCGGGCACGCCCCAGCCACAGCGGUACACAGCCGGGACAGCAGCACGCCGUCUUUAAGCUGGGGAGCGAGCCGGACAGGAGGGCGGUACGUGUCUUCACCAUAGGAGGGGAGUCGACCGGGCAAUAGUUCGGUAGUGAACAUCGCCUCUGCUGCCGAAGCUUCAGAUCCAUCCACCUGGAUGGACGCUUCAGUCUGCCAUUCGUCUGCGUCCCCCUCCCCCACGUCCCCAAAAUGAGAUCCAUGCAUGCUCGCGUCCAAUCCUUCCUCUCCCGCGUGCACAUGGUCGUCGUCGUCGUCGUCGCUCUCAGAACCGGAGGUGACGUCCGUUUCUUCCGUAUCAUCCGCACUGUCUUCUGUGCUCAUCCCUCCCUCCUCAGAAACGUCGCUCAUAUCUUCAUCAGGUACAACGCCAAACGCAUGCAGCCCAUCUCCCCCAUCCUCAUCAUCGUCGCUCUCAUCCUCGUCUAUCUCGCUCAUCUCCCACUCCUCUACCUCCAGCGCCGCCUCCACUCCGAAACACAGUUCCUCUAGCUCAGGCAUACAUCCCAGCAUCCCCUCCUCGACCAGGCGUUCAAACAUCUCCACUGGUCUCGGAGCUCGUAAUACGAGUUUCCGCAGCCUGAUCCUCUUUUCGGGAAAAGGAGUUCCAGACUCCUCCUUGUUCCAGAUAGCGUGCCAGUCCAGUUGUUCCGCCUCAGCCUGCCAGACUGCAGCGAUCUCGCAUUCCCGGAGUGUAGUGCUCUGUCGGAGGAAGAAGAAGAAGUACGUCAAUGGGGCCGAGAGCCCCGCAUAGGCAGUUUCGACGCGGAGGAGGAGCUCGACCCCGCGCAGCUCGCGUUCUUGGUUGUAUGUGUACGCCGCUUGCCACGGCUGGGCAAGGCCGUUC